AUGGGUAGAAAUCCAAGAGAGGAGAUUUUUGACAGGAGAAUGAAAACCAAUAUAUAUGAUGAUACCUCUCUGGAGGAGAUUCGUGGAAGAAUUAGAAGAAUAGAUGGACACAGAACAAGUAGCUUAUCAGAUAUUAAGAACUUUCAAAACAGUAUUGAUGUAUCAACCCUAAAAGGAAAAGAUAAUUCUACCAUCCUAAUAUCAGAAAGUACUUUGUUAGAAUUAAAGCAUAAAGUGGAUGAAUCUGAAACUCAGAAACACUUUAUGAAUGCAUUAAAGGAGCGAUUAAAAGAGACAACUCAUGAAAAAGAUAUAUUAUUAAAGAAAACACAGGCAGAUAAAGAAACAAUACGUAAAAAUAACGAAGAAAUCGAACUUCUCAGAGAGGAAAUUACAAAGUUAAAUGGCAAUAUAUUAGAAUUAAAGGGGAUACUGGAAAGUUCAAAACAAAGAAUUGCAGAACUGGAAAGUUCUAAUGAUGGAAAUAACAUUAUGACAGAAGUAGAUAUGCAAUCUAGAAUUGAAUCUAUGGCGGACUGUACCUUUAGAAACAAAGAAAUUAAAACACUUCAGGAUGAGCUGAUGUUUAAUAAUGAUCUUUCAUCUAAUAUUUCAGAGGCCUCCAGUAAAGUAACAGUAAAAAGCAAUAUAAGACAUGUACUUUUUAAUGAUAAAACAGAAAAGUUUGUAGGAGAUUUAAAGGUUGGAAUAAAUAAUUUGGGAACCAAUUUUGACAAUUCUGAAAAUGUAAAUCAAAAAUCUAUUAGAGACAUCAGUAAUAAGCUACAAGAUUAUGAAAAUGAGAGUAAUGCUACCUCUAAUAGCCAUAAAUGUCAGAUAAGUACUAAGCACAACUGGAUGAGAAUGGUAGCUAGACUAAAUGGGUUUAUUUACUUUAAAUCAAAGAUGAUACUGAUAAAACAGUAUUUGGCAGAUGAAGAGAUGCAAUUACUAGGAGAUGUAAGCUUAGAAAAUAACAGUAGUAAUAACAAUAGUAGUAAUGCAAAGAUUGGCAAAAAAUCCAUUAAUAUUGGGUAUUCUGGUCCAAGUGAAAACAAAAUUAGAAUGGUAUUUUCUCCUUUAAAAAUUGAAGUUAAUGAGAUUAUAUAUAGGUUAGAGAAGAAUGGAGAAGACGACGAAGAGUAUAUAUUUACUGAGAAGAAGCAUUUACUAUCCAAGCUUGAUGAACAAAUUGCAGUAUUAAAGGAAAAAAUUGAGAUAGCAGGUUCUGUAUCUAGUAAGACUUCAAUUAGUUCUAGUAGAGUAAUUUCAUUUUCAGAUAUUGCAACAGAAAAGGAUUCUAUGCAAUCCAUUUCUGUGAUUAAUAGUUCAAGAUCUUCAAAGUUUUCAGAAAAAAUGAAAUCAAGCUUUGACAAUGUCUUUAUGAUUAAUAGAAGACUUUUAUUUAUAUUGGCAAGGUUAAAACUCUGGAUUUUAGAAGAAACCUUAUAUGAUGAGCAAGUUUUGGAUGGAUCUAUUUCAAGCAAAGAUGAAUAUGAUCAAAACUCCUCAAGAAAUUUAUUGGACUACUUUGAGAAUGCUUACGAGUUUAUAAUUAACAGAGAAGACAAUGAAACUUAUCCUAUAAAUAAUAAUGAUUACCUAAGUAUUGGUAUUGUACAAAUGCUAUAUAUUUUGAAUAAACAAUGGGAAAGAUCAAUAAGUAACGAGAAUAGAUUACUUAAUCAGCUUCAAGAAAUGGUGAGAAUUUACCAUAGAAUGAAGAACUAUUUAUUAGCUGCCCCAAAGAAUAGUUACCAUCAAAAUUCAAAAGAUUUAGAAACAGAAUAUUCCCUAAAUAAUUCAGAAAUAGACAAUUUCCAUCUUUCAAACGAGAAUAACUAUGUUUUUGAGUUAGAAAAAGAAUUAACAAGUCUGGGACUUGGGAUUUUUUCAGGACGUGAUUUGAAUGGUGGUAACAAUGUAAGCAGAAGCAUAAAUAAUAAAGAAAUUGAACAAGCAACAGAUACUGUAAUUGCUCUAAAUUCUAAAGAUAAAGCUAAUAAUCAUGAAACUAGUGGUAAUAUUGAUGGUUUGUUGAGUAGAGAACAGGUGAAUGAUAUUUUAAAACAUUUAGAGGAUUUCCCUGAUCCUUAUAUUGCAAAUAGAAAUGAAAUUCUCUCAAUUAGAGAAUUAAUUAGACCAUUAAAAUCAUAUGGAAGAAGAGCUCCUGAGCCUUAUAUUGGAUUUUUUGCAAUGAUGACUCAACGCCUGGAUAACGAUAUUGUACAACAUGAUAGAGAAAUCAGAGCAUUCCAAAAAGUUAUUAAAGGACUUGAAGACCAAUGUGACAGACAACAAGAAGAGCUUGAAGAGCUUCACGAGGAACUGGAACAGCUUUACGAAAUUAUAGAAACGAAGUAUGAUGAGCAUUCAGUUUUAGAACAGGAAGAAACUGAGGAUAAUAGUGACAAGGGAGUAGGAAAAGGGGAAGAAAAAAAACCAAUCGAAAAACAGGGAAACAACUCUAACUCAAAUAAUUCUUCUCAAAUUCUUACAGAUCAUAAAGAGAAAAAUGAACGUAAAUUGUCAUCACAAAUUAGCGAUAAAGAGUGGAUUAAUUUAUGUAAGCAAACUAGCCUAGGUCUAUCUGACAAAAAAUAG